GUGGCGUAGGCCGCAAACACUCUAGAGUUUUUGCCCCUCGAGGGAAGCCACAUUGGGAUGAGCUCUGCUGGAGACGAAGGGCGCACUGCUGCGAGUCGAGAACAGAUCCGCCCGCUGGUGCAGGAGGGCAGUGAUGCGGAGCUUGCAAGUUUGCAACUGCAGGUUUCGCGAUUGGCGGCCCUGGUGGAGGAGUCGACAAAGAAGAAGGAGCCUGGUAGCGUCGCGGCAGAUGAAGCCAGUAGUGGCGGCUGGGUUGCCGCCACCGAGGCCAACAAUAAGAGCCCAUGCAGUCGUUCGGCGGUGACGGGGGAUUUCUCUUGCAGCAAGCGAGAGAUGGUGGGCAAGGACUACGGCAGCUACUGGAAGGCGGCUGGGCCAGCAGAUCGGGAGCGAACCCUGUUGGACCAGCCGGAGUGGGCCCGGGCAUAGGAACGGACUACGGGGAAGCGAGGGGGUAAAACCCCCCAGGUGAGAUACCCGUGGUUCGAGGAAAUGGAGAAUUCCUCGACCGCCACAGCAGGAGUAGUAGCCACAUGAAGAGAGUAACAGUCAAUGCCCCGCGUCUCGAAGGGGAGAGUCGCGGCCAUGGGUAUGACUCGUGGAGAAAGCCGCUUAUCCAAGCGGCCAAGACUGUAGGACUGGACGGCCAAUUGAUCGGCAACAACUAGAGACAUGCACCUGUCGGCAACCCAAACGUGCCAAGCUUGGAGCUGUGCCACCUCCAACACACGAGCGACGAGGUCCAGAGGGGCCUCCAAGCGUUCCAUAUUGUGACCACUGCCAUCGUCAGAGAAGCCGACAAGGCGAUCGUCAACAAAUGCGAGACCGC